AUUGUCAAUUGCUAACAUCAGUAUCUAUGUGAUCAAAUCGAAGUAGUUUAAGGCCGAGGACUUCGAAAAGAAAACUUAAAUAUUUACUGAGUAAACCAUAUCAUUAGUGUUCAUAAUUUAUAUUGGCUGUCUUAUCGCCGUCAUUAAAUACAUACUUAUUAAAUUGUUGGAUGAUUUACCUAUUUACUAGUAAUUGUAUGAUUAUUACGUCGAUGAGUCACAUACGUUGAUCAAUUUAACUACUUAUUUAGAUAAUAUAUUAUUUCCUUUCCGGUCUUCUGCUGUCACCAGGUUGUGACAAAUACUAAUAUUUCACCCUAACACGACAAACUAUAGGUCUUAAUCGUGUUGAUAACAAAUUCUCACUCAUGUAAUCAAAUUCAUUUUCACUUGUGUAUAAUAUUAAUUAAGCUUUACAAUGAGUUAGGUUAAAACAACAACGAAUUUUAAAGACGCAACUCAUUUGUCUUAUAAGGUUUUUUUGUUUUUUUUUAUUUGUCUUAUAAGUUAUAAUUGGUAUCACUUUUAAUGUAUAGUUUAUGAUGACUUAAACAUUAUCACAAUGUUGUUUCAAAAAAAAAAAAAAAAAAAAAAAAAACAUUAUCACAAUGUAAAGAAAGUUCAUAUGCAUGGAAAAGACGAUUUAAAGAAAGUAUCUAGCUUACUUCCAGACUAAGAUCUCUUAAUUUUCUUUUUGAGAAAAAAAAACUAUUUGUUAAUCUAUCAAACUAAGAUCUGAUUUAGAUCUGCACACAGAGCCAUAGGCGAUAUAAAUUAACAUUAUUUUUCUUAAAAUAUUGUUAAGAUUAUUUUGAAUGAAUUGGGUGCCACAUGCAUGCAUAUAAAUGGUGAAUCCAAAAAUAAUUGGGACCUUUUAGUUUUAAUAUACAAAGUUCAAUAUGGAACGUCCAUCCAUUUUUAGUGAACGGCCACUAAUUUUAGAUUUAGUAUAUAUUGACUUUUCCCCGGUAUUAAAGGGAAAAUGAAAAAAUACAAAGAAUCCAUAAUGUCUAAUUGUUGCAAGUCAUGUGAAACCAAUCAUUCCAAAUCUCUCUUCACUUGUACCUGGACAAGAAAAUGUUUUAAAACUCAACUUAAUUUCUUAGGUUGUAAAUUUUAUACGGUUCAAAACAUAUAGAAAGAUAGCAAUGUAAGAUUUUCCAUUUUUGCUAUUUGAACAUAACAAUAUACGAUUUUCCAUCAUAUAUUCAAGGCUAUAUUUGAAUAAAAAUAUAACAAAAUAGUAUAAGAACAUUUUCUUAUAAAUAAAGUUUGUACAACAACAUAACAUCCAACUAUAUUAAUACCAUGGCAUAUAAAAACAGACCAUCAUUUCACUCACGCAACAAAUAAAUAUCUCUAAGAAUAAAUAAUUAUACAUAGGAAAUAAAGACACAUGUAUUGUUUUUGUAUAUGCAUUUAAUUAUAUAUAGAGAGUGCACCAACACCAGAAACUCUUGCAUAUCCAUCAUUUCUCACUUAAAAAAAAAAUCAAAAACAAGAAACAAAUAAAUGUCCAACAAGGUUCAUGAAAGGGGCGUGGAGAUGGAAGAAGAAGGUUCUAAAAAGGCAACUAGAAAGAUUCAAGAACUUCCAAAGAAGAGUCUAAAAGAUAUAUGGAAAGUAGCGAAAGACGAUCCAAGAAGAGUGAAACAUGCUUUAAAAGUAGGAGUUUCUUUGACACUUGUCUCCUUACUGUAUCUCCUAGAACCUCUUUUCAAAGGCAUUGGAAGUAAUGCAAUGUGGGCAGUCUUGACUGUUGUGGUCGUUCUUGAGUUCUCUGCCGGUGCAACCUUGUGCAAGGGGCUUAAUAGAGGAUUAGGGACACUGAUUGCGGGAUCUUUGGCAUUUUUCAUUGAGUUUGUCGCUAAAGAUUCUGGCAAAAUUUUCCGAGCAGUUUUCAUCGGUGCUUCAGUUUUUAUCAUUGGGGCGGCGAUAACGUAUCUAAGAUUUAUCCCGUACAUAAAAAAGAACUACGAUUAUGGCAUGCUUAUAUUUCUCUUGACGUUUAAUCUAAUAACAGUGUCAAGUUAUAGAGUUGAUGCUGUGAUUAAGAUUGCACACGAGAGAUUCUAUACUAUAGCCAUUGGUGUUGGUGUUUGCCUCUGCAUGACCCUUUUGUUUUUUCCUAUAUGGUCCGGUGAGGACCUCCAUAAGAGUACCGUUGCUAAGCUUCAAGGCCUCUCUUUUUCCAUCGAAGCAUGUGUGAAAGAGUACUUUGAAGAGGAGGAAAAAGACAAGGAGACAUCAGAUUCAUCAGAAGAUAUGAUCUAUGAUGGUUAUAAGACAGUUUUAGAUUCUAAAUCCACCGAUGAAGCACUUGCAAUGUAUGCAAGUUGGGAGCCAAGACAUACAAGACAUUGUCAUAGAUUCCCAUGGCAACAUUAUGUUAAAGUUGGAGGUGUUCUUCGUCAGUUUGGUUACACUGUUGUCGCUCUUCAUGGUUGCUUGAAAACCGAAAUUCAGACUCCUAGGUCUAUACGUGUACUCUUUAAGGAUCCAUGCGUUAGAUUAGCCGGAGAAAUCUGCAAAGUUUUGACGGAACUCGCCGCAAGCACUCAAAACCGACGACGCUGUUCGCCGGAGAUUCUCUCAGAGAGUCUCCAAGUGGCAUUACAAGAUCUCAACUCCGCCAUCAAAUCACAACCUAAGCUCUUCUUCGUCUCCAACGACAACGUUUCACAAAAUGACAAUAGCGGUAGACAUAACCAAAACGUGUCCGUUACGCAACAGAUAAAUAAAGACGCAAAUGACAACAUAUCGCAUCAAAACGAGACUGGAUCACCUCUUGGGCAAUACACUGGAACGCCACGUGGCGGAAACAAAUCACGUUUCGGACCAAACAGUGGCUUUUCGCAUCAAAACGAGACAGGAUCACCUCUUGGGCACAAGAGUGACGUUCCAGUUCAAAACACUGGAACACCACGCGGCGAAAGAGUGUCACGUUUCAGACCAGACGGUGCAAGUUCGUUUUCAAGACUGAGGGCUGAUACGUUGGAACGGAGAUCGACGGCGGCGACCGGAGAGCGACGUAUACUGAUGAAACAACUGAGCAGGAUAGUGGUGAUGACGAGUCUUGAAUUCUCGGAGGCGUUACCGUUUGCUGCCUUUGCGUCGCUUCUUGUGGAAAUGGUUGCGAGGCUUGAUAAUGUUAUUGAGGAAGUGGAGGAGCUGGGAACGUCCGCGUGCUUCAAGGAGUACAAUGGUAACGUUGUUGACCGGACGGAUGUGGAGGUUCGAGUCGAGAAGCCGGCGGAUCUAGUGGUUGGCGUGGAGUGAAAGGAAGGUUAUGACAUGUUUUGGUUUGGACCAAGUCUAUAAUCUCUUUCCUAUGGCUAAGUACUCGAACAGAUGAUCUUAAAGACUCUUUUCAUUUAAGUGACUAGCGAGUACACUUGAGCUAUAGCGACCACCGUUAAUAAUUUAUGUUUAGAUAUAUUAAAAUCGGACCAGUCGAAAUGAUGAGGUUUUUGGUUUAGUUUUAAUUGGAGGUGAUUCGAUUCUCUUUUUGAGAACGUUUAUUUUCGGAAUUUGUAACAUGAGGUGGUGAUUUUCAAGGGUUCGCUAUUAAAACUUUACUAGAGAUUGACCCGCACGCCCGUGCGGGUGUUAAUUUUUACUUUCUUAUAAAUCGAUAUUUUAUUUUUAUGAUUAGUAUUAUAUAUUUUAUAUGUAUCAUAAUAUAAUUAAUUGCAUAAAUACUUUUAGAUUUCUAUACAUCAUAAUCGAACCUGAAUCAAAUAGAGUAAUAUGAUUACUUUUGGUUAUUUGGUUAUUUUUAGUUUAAUUUGAAUUCAACAUACCCGAAUUGAAUCUGUUAAUAUUCUUACUUUUCAUACAAAUAUCCGUACCGGCGUCAAAUACAUUAGUUUUUGGAUAUUUGUAGGUUUGUAUAUAUCAAGACUGAAUUCAUCUGGACCCGAUUCGAAACACACAUGAAAAUUUAUAAUACCGAAAUGAAGUCUAGUUUCAAAACUCAAAAAGCAUGAUAACCCACAGAAAUAACUCGUAGCUGAAUAGUUAUCCGAAUGUCCAUGUCUAACCGAUACAUAAGUAAAUAAAAAAAAUUGUUAACCAUUUUGAAUUCUUAUCACAAAUAGAGUGGUUUCAUUCAAAUAUGUCGAAUUAUUAUAGUUAAUAUGUAAAUAAUCCUGACAAAAUAUUAUAGUAAAUAUAAUUAAUGAGAUAGUUAAAAAGUGAGAAAAUGAAUGUAAAAGAUAUUAACUUAUUUAGUAAAUAUAAUAGAUGAAGGGUUAGAAUUGAUUAACAAUAUAAUAAAAAUCUUUUAAAAAAUCAAUUAAGAUAAGCAAGUAUUAUUUUCUACUGCUAUCCAUGUUUCCAAACAAUUCUCAUUUAUACUACUGCGCCGGUUUUAUCCUAGUUACUCUUUAAAAGAAAACUAGAGAUUGACCCGCACGCCCGUGCGGGUGUUAAUUUUUACUUUCUUAUAAAUCGAUAUUUUAUUUUUAUGAUUAGUAUUAUAUAUUUUAUAUGUAUCAUAAUAUAAUUAAUUGCAUAAAUACUUUUAGAUUUCUAUACAUCAUAAUCGAACCUGAAUCAAAUAGAGUAAUAUGAUUACUUUUGGUUAUUUGGUUAUUUUUAGUUUAAUUUGAAUUCAACAUACCCGAAUUGAAUCUGUUAAUAUUCUUACUUUUCAUACAAAUAUCCGUACCGGCGUCAAAUACAUUAGUUUUUGGAUAUUUGUAGGUUUGUAUAUAUCAAGACUGAAUUCAUCUGGACCCGAUUCGAAACACACAUGAAAAUUUAUAAUACCGAAAUGAAGUCUAGUUUCAAAACUCAAAAAGCAUGAUAACCCACAGAAAUAACUCGUAGCUGAAUAGUUAUCCGAAUGUCCAUGUCUAACCGAUACAUAAGUAAAUAAAAAAAAUUGUUAACCAUUUUGAAUUCUUAUCACAAAUAGAGUGGUUUCAUUCAAAUAUGUCGAAUUAUUAUAGUUAAUAUGUAAAUAAUCCUGACAAAAUAUUAUAGUAAAUAUAAUUAAUGAGAUAGUUAAAAAGUGAGAAAAUGAAUGUAAAAGAUA